GACUAUGCUCUUGAAGCGAGGAACCUUUUCUGUUGCUUACUAGAUUGCAGGGGACAGAAUGUGUGAACUUUUGUGAGAGAGAGACUGAAUGUAGUUCUGUUGAAGUCUUUGUUUGAAAUCAUUCUUGGCGAGAUAACCUAAAGAUGGACAUGAGACAGACAUUGCAGACAUAUUAUUUCCUCCCAGUAUACUUCCUCCUUCUACAUCUCAUUCGCGGCCAGUCUGAAAUCAUCAUUAAGAAUGAGAAAAUGGUCUAUGCCUUGCCCGGUGAAAAUGUGACUUUAACAUGUAACAUCCUGAAAGAAAAAGGAAUUCAUGUAACACAGACUCAGUGGUCAAAGGUUUCUGAUGUCCCAACAAGAAGAAUAGCUGUGUACAACCCUCUCUAUGGUACCAUAUACUCUGAAAAGGUUUACAGCUAUUCUGUAAACUUCAGGAAGGAUUCCCAACAUUGCAUGACAGACAUCAGUCAUGGCAAUUUUACAUCGAACUAUACAGAAUGUAAUCAGUGGAUUCUACAGUUCAAGAAUGUGAGUCUCGAAAGUUCUGGCAAGUAUGAAUGUAGUUUUACUACAUUUCCAGCUGGAGCAAGCAGCUCAGAAAUCAAUCUUGUUGUAAUGAAGAUUGAUGUCAAGAGUUUUGUUGUGGAAGCAUUGUUAAACCAGACCCUGGAAAUUCCAUGCAUCAAAGAUUUGCCUUCUGAAAACCUGAGAAAUGCCUCGUUGACAUGGCUGCUGCAGAAAGAAAAUGAAAAUGAAGAGAUACUUAUAAGCAAGCCAUCAUAUAAUUCUCGUGAAUACAUAACCAGAACUACAAUGUACAAGGACAGAAUUGAAAGUAAUUCAGAGAAUACAUUAAUUAUUUCGCCUGUAUCAGUUUUUGAUGAUGGCAAGAAGUUUGUCUGUUCUGUUUCCCACCACCCUGGAAGAAUCAUGAAGACCACCACUGAAGUGAAAGUAUUUGUGAAACCAGAAAUCUCUAUCUCACUCAAUGCAAGUUUCACAGGAAAGGCUACUUUUACCUGUGUAAUAAAGAAGGCAUUUCCCAAGCCAGAGCUCCUAUGGUACCUGGAUGGAGAGAUUCUGAAGGGCAGGUCUGAAGGAAUAGUAAUUCAGAAUGAAGAUACAAAAGUUGCAGGAGGUUUUUAUGAGAUGAGAUCAUUGUUGAUAAUAUGGAAAACAAUACAGACAUCCCAUAGUCUGGCUGUUAAAUGCAUGUCUGUCUAUCCUUUCCUUGGAAACGAAACACGAAAUAUUUCAUCUGGAGACAUUUUGCUUCCUCGUGGGUGGCAGCCUACAGCUCUGGACUCCUUGAAAACUAAUAGCCAUAUUCCUCCAAGUCUGGAUUCACGGACAGAAAUUGUACAGAGCACAAGACUGAAAAAGUACAUAUUUGAAUCAUUACGGCUGGCUACAUGCUAUACAGAACCCUGGCAUUUCACUAAAAAUCUGCAAAAUAACACCCAGACCAAGUCCUUCAGUGACUACACAGUGUCACAAGGUCUAAAGGAUUUUACUUCAACAACCCAGAAAACCUCUAUUCAUGUGACUCAUCUCCGUGAGAAUAUAACAGCAUCACAACGAAAUCUGUCCACCAAAAAAGCUGUGGAGCCAACCACGCUGGUCAGCCCAGACAAUCCACCCACUGUAAACACCAGGUUUAAUAAUAAUGGUACGGCAACUUUUCCAAGACAUAAUUAUUUCUCCUGGCCAGCACUUGUAGCUGCCCUGCUUUUCUUCUGCACAUUCUUAAUCCUUUUGGGGAUCAGAAAAUGGUGCCAGUAUCAAAAGGAAAUUAUGAACAGGCCACCAUCUUUCAAGCCACCACCGCCUCCAGUAAAGUACACCUCUAUGCAAGGAUUUGAUGGAACUUACACAUCCUGCAAUGAACUGGAAAAUCUAUAAUGGAUCUGAAGUGUUCCAACAUAGUGAAAUGUUCUUUCACUGCAGAGCUUCUACAAAAGAUUGCCAGGACUCAUUGAUGGUGACCCAUAUUCUAAUUUGGACUGCUUAAUCUCACGUUAAUGCUAGGAACACAGUGUCCCUGAAUACCAUUACUCUGGGCAAUUUACUCCCUGCAGGCACUUGACGUACUAAAACCAAACAUAACACACAUUACAGAUACUCAGCCUGAGCAUGAUGAAGAAGGAAUUAACAGUGUAUGUCAAUCUUAACAGGAAGCCUUUUUGCCUUAGACUGUCCAUAAAUCACACAACUAACAAAAGUGAGUUUUGUAUUUAAUCCUUUUCUCAUAGUUAUUCUCCUGUUUUUACUAGAUUAGUCUUGAUUUUUAAGGGGACAUCCUCAUCUUCCAACAGCAGCCUGGGAAUAAUUGUACUGCAUAUCCAAAGGCAGGAUGGGCAAGACAGCUGGCACCAGCAUACUGGUUGUAGAAUUGUAGAACAUGGGCUAAAUGAAAGUGUUAGAUCAAACUAGAGCACAUUUAUUCAACCAGUGCAACUGACAUUUGUGUUGAUUCAACAAAGACCCAUGGAUUUAAUGUGUCUCUUCUGGAGACACACAUGGACGUCCAUGAACCACAAAUGUUGGAAUUAUUGUAAAUGAACCAUGAAUCAAGUUGCUGAUUUGUUCAGGAUUUUUUCUUUUUAGACAGCCCAGGAGCCGUCUUGAAAACAAAACGAAAAACUGGCUGGCCUCCCCACCACCACAGCCUGCCCCCCCUUCCCACUACCUCGUUGCCUCUCUACCUUUUCCUCCUUCUGCCAUCGUCACUGCCAUCUUGAGAAGACUCUGGCUCCCACAAGCCAGCGGCUUCUGCACGCUGAUAGGCAGAGACAUGCGCAGAGGCCACCUGGCUGGCUAACAGCCCAGCUGAUGAAAGAAAAAAGAAACUUUUGGUUAGCCAUCUUGUUAGCUUACCAAGGUGCAUCUGUAUAGGUCCCUGCCUCUCAGCUGCAGAAGCCACCAGGCUGACUGACAGGCUGGCUAACUUACAAUAAUAAUAACAAUAAUACAUAUUUUUGUUAGUCAUCUUGUCAGCCCAGUAGGGGGCCUCUGCAUAGGUCCCUGCUUCUCAGACGAGAUGGGGACCUGUGCAGAGGCCCCCUGGUGGACUGAAAGGCUGGCUGCUAAGAAAAAAAUAUACUGUAUAUUAAUUUUUAUUUUAGCAGAAGGCCUAUCAGUCCACCAGGGGGGGCUAUAGGAAGGUCCCUGCCUCUCAGCUGAGGGGCAAGAAGCUGUGCAGAGGCUAUAUUGCAGUCUCUGCAGAUGUCCCCAUCUGUCUGAUGGGAGGCAAGGACCUGCACAAAGGCCCCCAGGUGGGCUGACAAACUGGCU